GAAGAUUCAUCCACUUUCCGGAAAUUCAAACAGUACGAUCUAUAAUUGAUGUUCUACCGUUUCAGCUCAAUUGAUAAGGUUCAAAAAAUCCAAAAGAGGCCGCGAAGACAUCUAUGACACGCAAACACUAUGAUGUUGUCAAGCGACGGCGUAAUCCGCAUCUUCGUGUCAAUUAUCGCAUUGUGGCUUCCCAUUCUGUCGUUUCGAGGCAAUGGACACAGUGUGGGGGAUUUGCAAAAGGUGGUUUCACCCUCAGGGGGGGUUUGCGGAGUAUCUACGGAUGGCGCCACGGUAAACGAGGUUGGUCGUUCGUCAGUAUCUGCAAUUGACGAGUCCACGAUCGAAAAUGCCGAGGAGACGGCUUCAUCACUUGCGUCAGGCUAUAAUGAAGAGAACGGUAAUUUUAACUUGCAACAUGGUUGUGGAAAUCCGUUCAAUUGGCGUAAUGCCAAGCCCUAUGUAUCCAAGGCGUCUGGGUUGAACAUCAAAAGUUUGGCAGAUUUAAGAGCGGAAAGGCUAGCGGAUAACUUGACCGGAGGGAACAAGGGCAUAGCCCAAGAAAUUCUAUAGGGGGAGGGAAGCAGAGACUUGCGCAGAGCACUUUUGUUAUCCUUAUGAAAACUGUGGUAGAAGAAAGUAUGUGGUAUUCGCAUAAAGUUCGACCCGAGGCAGAAGCCUUAUCCUCCAAGUAGAUGAACAACGAAGAGACAGAAGCAAGAAAAUGUAAAUGACGCGAAUAAAGGAGUUUGAGUUUCGACAUUAUAUGGGUUGUAUCAAUAAACCUUUUUAGGCUAUCCCUUCUUGCAAUAUAUGGGUUGUAUCAAUAAACCUUCAUGCUAUGAAUCAUUCCAAUUAGUAUCAACCUGAGUCCAAGAGCAAAUGUGUUGAAAAAAUUGGGGCGACGAGCCAA